AUGUUCCCUUCGAAAAGUAUGUUUGAAUAUUUUAGUGAAAUGAAUAGACUUUUUCCGAAGACAAUUGAAAAUGAUCUACAAACAACAAAUUUAUACAGCAGUGCCUAUUCGCAAUCUCCACUUCAUUCGACGUUUGCCAACCGCUCGUCAAGUUCUGCCGAUUCUACGUCACCUGAAUCGUAUCCCGAUGUUUUUACUCCCUUCCCGAGAUCUACAUCAGAGCUCUAUAACAUUAGAUCCUCUGAGACUCCAGUUCAGAGCUUUAGCGAUGCAUUACCAAUGCGAAAACAACGUCCGAUUGUCGGAAGAAAAAUUUUGGGAAAUUCGGAACAGUCGCAUUCAUUACAAGCUAGAGGAAUUGAGCGAGAUGUGGCCAUGUCCAAUACAUGGAUUGAUGAACUUUCUGUUACUCCACCCAAUAACCCAUACAAACAGAAGAGUUUGGAACAGUUGCGGUCAUUACAAGCAAGAAGAGUUGAGCGAGAUAUGGUCAUGCCUAGUGCACGAAUUGAUGAACUUUCCGUUACUCCGCCCAAUUACCCAUUCGAACAGAAUAGUCAAACGAGAAAUUAUGAAUUAUUUCCUACUGAAAAAUCUUUUGAAUUUCGCACACCUGCCAAACCUAUAGUGCCAAGUUUAUCGCCUGUUUUACAUAACUUAUCACCAACAUUUUCUAAUGUCUCAUCUGGAAUGUCCAACAUGUCACCACAUUCCCCAAAAUUAAUGCCAAGUUUUACACCAAGAUACACUACACCGCCGCGUUUCUCCGGAUUUUCUUCUCAAAGUUUCUCAGGUGCAAGUUCAUCAAAGGACGAGAUCAGGUCAUCAAAAAUGUGUACUUUCUGCCGUAAAAAUGGGGAAAGACCAGAUAUUUACAUGGGCCAUUCAGUGAAAGAGAAAAUUGGAGGUGAACAUGUUGUCACUUGCCCCAUAUUAAAACAGUACAUUUGCUCCACUUGUGGCGCGACUGGAGAAAAGGCACACACACAGUAA